GAAGGCUUUGUAUUUGAGUAACCGUCGCGUCGAGACAAUUCGAGAACAUUCGACGAGACCCAGAUAUAAAUACAGGCCAGCGUGUCGAGCCGGGAGUUCGUCAAUAAACGGCAUACCUUACAGUAAUUACUGAGAUGCAGCAUCAUGGAUGUCAUGAAUACUCUUUGUAUAAUAAAUCGAUUCUUUGUUCGCAGUUUGUAUGUAAUCACCAGUGUCAAGAUAGAAUCUACACCGGUUCGUAUGAAAAACUGAAACUUCAAGAUUACAAUCUGCAAACAAUGCAGAAGAUAACUGACAAUGAAGACAAUCAAUGGAAGCGAAUUAAUCGAAUCAACGAUUACGCCAACUUCAAGAUAAUGGACGACCCAAAUUUAACGUUCAACUAUCCAAGAAAACCCGUGGAAAUAGAAAGCACGAGCAAUUUUCCGGAUACCACGAAUUUUCUAACGAAAGAAUACGAUUUUAUAAUCGUGGGCGCUGGAUCGGCUGGAUGCGUUCUCGCUAACAGGUUGAGCGAAAUUACACAUUGGAAGAUACUGCUAUUAGAGGCUGGCAUAGAAGAACCAAUAGUGGCAGAUAUUCCCGCAUUUGCUACCAUGUUACGAGCUAGUAAUAUCGAUUGGAUGUAUCGAACGCAGCCGGAAGAACACUCUUGUCGAUCGAGAAGGGGUAGAAGUUGUGGGUGGGCAAGAGGCAAAGUGAUGGGUGGUUCCAGUACAAUUAAUUACAUGAUGUAUAUUCGUGGUAAUCCAGGGGAUUACGACGAAUGGGCCGACGAAGGGAACCAUGGAUGGAGCUACGGGGAAGUUCUACCAUAUUUCUUGAAAUCCGAGAAUAACGAGGAUCCAGAGGUCGUGAAGGAAAAUCCUCGCUAUCACGGUCAAGGGGGCUACCAAAACGUCGAGCGAUUUCCCUACACUGACCCAAACACGGACAUCCUCGUGAACGCUUGGCAGGAACUCGGGCACGAGCAGGUGGAUGCCAACGCGGACAAGCAACUUGGCGUGACGAGAUUGCAAAUGACGUCCGUUCACGGAAUGCGUCAGAGCACCAACGGCGCGUUCAUCAGACCCAUUAGACGCAAACGAAGGAACCUGACCGUCGAGACCCAGGCCCACGUCACGCGAAUUCUAAUAGACAGCACGACAAAGCUCGCGAUGGGGGUAGAAUACGUUUCCACGGUCACGGGAUCGACCAAAGUUGUCCUAGCUAGGAAGGAAGUGAUCCUCUCAGCCGGUACAAUCAAUUCACCCAAAAUUCUGAUGCUCUCUGGAAUAGGUCCCACCCAAGAACUGAAGAAGCACGGGAUCGAAACAGUGAGCCAUUUGGCGGUUGGCAGGAACCUCCAGGACCACGUGACGAUGGACGGUCUGGUGGUCGCUUUAAAUACUACCGUCACGAGCAAAGACGACGAGGCAAAGAAGAAAGACGUCUUCUUCUACGAAAAGACUCAUUUCGGUCCUCUGUCAGCGACCGGGACCCUCUCUUGCGGAGUAUUUUUGCAAACUACAUUCGAACACAAGGCUGGAACACCGGAUGUCCAGUUCACUUUCGACGCUAGCAAUCAGAUGGACUUCCUUCAAGAUCCCGCAGAGUUCGUCGAAAGCGCUGUCGAACCUCUGGCUUAUUACGACGCUUUCAAUAUCAAACCGAUUUUACUGUCGCCUAGGAGCCGUGGAUUCCUGGUUUUGAACGAUACUCAUCCCUUGUGGGGCCCACCCUUGAUUUAUCCUCGAUACUUCACCGCUCAUCCCGAUUCUGAGAUCCUGCUGGAGGGAAUAGAGGCAGCUCUGGAAUUAUUUCAAACCAAGUCUUUCCACGAACACGGAUUUCGUUUAAUCGACGUGCCUCUGCCAGCUUGCAGACAGUUUCUGUUCGGUACAAGGGAUUAUUGGAAGUGUGCCAUGAUGGAGUACACGUCCACGAUCUAUCACCCGGUGGGCACUUGCAAAAUGGGACCAGCAUGGGAUCCAUACGCUGUCGUGGAUCCCAGACUGAGAGUUUACGGUGUUCAAGGUUUGAGGGUGGUGGACGCGUCCGUGAUGCCCAAGAUUGUCAGGGGAAACACUAACGCGCCUACUAUCAUGAUCGCGGAGAAGGCUGGAGACAUGAUCAAGGAGGAGUGGUUGUAAUUUUACAAUUUUUGGAGAAGUCUUCUGGGACGAGAAUUCUUCGACUUUGGAGUUUCGAAAGACGAGACUUUUGUGUACAAUUCUUUCUCUUAACUUUUGAUUUCGAAUUUUUUUACUAAUCUUGAAUUAUCGAAUGUAAUAUUUUGAGACUGCAAUAUUUGCAAUCUGUUGACGAUUAGAUAGGAUGUAAUUUUGUUUGAUAAACGUGAGAAUAAAUGUAUGAGAAAUUAUUUCUGCUUUAUUGCUGUUCGAUGUUAAUCUUUAACUAUUAUACGUAAUAUUUUGAAACAGCAAUGUUUGAAUUUUGUUGACGAUUAGGUGGGACGUAAUUUUUUUUCUCAUCGUGUAACAUGAUAAAUGUGAGAAUAAAGGUAUAAGAAAUUGUUUCUUUUAAAUAUUUUGCUGAAUAACGAAUAAAAGAUAGCCAUAAAAUUGCAUAUUAAAGAAUGAAAUACUUCCUCAUAGAUUUUUGACGUUUAUCGAGCACACCAUCGCGCAAUGGCAGGCUUUGGACACGCGUCUUUCACUACAACCACUUAGGAACGAAAACUUUCACUGAGAAGGGUCUUUCCCAAUUUUUCAUAUACGCAGUGCCCACGGCACGCGGACGCGAUAUUAUGGAAUUAGAGUGAAAAAGUAAGCCGACCGGUUUCAAAAUCGACUGGGCGAAAGUGAAAUUUUUCUAUCGGGUGUGUUGUGCGAAUUCGACGUACAGAAAAGGAACGAGGGACGCCUGAAUGGAAAGAAACGGAGAAAAUAGUAGGGAUGAGUUUUGCAAGGUUCGAAUUCUCAAUUGAAAUUUUUACGUAAAUCUUGAGCGACUAAACAAAGGUCAGGGUUACAUGAUCGUUGAGUUUAAAAUGUACGUUCGACCGUGAUAUUUUAAACGAACGAAAUUUUUAUCACAGAAUAUUAAACGCAUUAAUACGAACUUCGAUUGGUAAAGACGAAAGGUUGUAGUUAAAAAAAAAUAUCUAAUUCGGUGAUCAGAUUUUCAGUUUCUAUGGGCGUACAUCCGCUUGAAAUUUUUCUGGAUGCUUGAGCAACGCGGUGCAAGUUGCACAAAUCGUGUAAAUUUUUACGAGCGAGUUGAUCGGUUAAAAAGUCGCUAGACGAGUAUCGCCGAUAUGGA